AUGACUGGUGAUGUUAAUGUAAAGGUGAAAGGGAUUGUUGGCUCUUUGCAGACCUUUGACAGUGGCCGUUGGAAUUUAGCCGUGCUCGGCACAUUUAUACUGAAAGACCUGAUAGGUGAUGCGGCUGAUGAUAAUAAUCCCAAAACCUUGCUGGGGCGUAUGGCGUGGGUGUACGAGAUCGAUCUGUGA